UGAAAGGUCAUCAGGAAGAAAACACGCCCUCGUCCCGGUAAGUCCUUCCGCCGCUCACAGCCCGCCGUUGUACUGCAGACCUCGGGCGUUUCUUCCUCUUGUAGCAGCGACUUCCAGGAUUGAAGAUGUGGGGUGUUAUUUUGUCACUGUUGGCCCUCACACCAGUCGGGUUAGCGUACCCAUCAGGUGCUCCAGCACAGGCAUGUCUGGACAUGACCCCCCAACACGGGCCGUCUGAGCAGUCCAGCACGCCUCCGUAUGAACUAGUGGUCAGCAAUACUACAUACGCAGGCGGCGACGAAAUUCAAGUGACAUUAAGUCGGACUGGUAACUCUGCGACAUUCCGAGGGUUCUUUAUCCAAGCCAGAACUGUUGGAUCAACAGAUGCACAAGGAAGGUUCACUAGCCUUGACUCUGGCACCACCAAAACUGUCAACUGUGGCUCUGAGGCAAACUCGGAGAAUGGAGUGACUCAUACAGGGCGGACAGACAAGUCAAGUGUGACUGUUACAUGGACUGCACCUGCCAACCGUGUGGGACACAUACAGUUCAGGGCCACAGUUGUAGAGACAGAGCAGGUUUUCUGGGUGAGUGGGGUGAGGUCUGACUAUGUACAGGACCCUACAGCUGGCCCUCUACCCACACCAGCAACUAGUGGUGGCCAGGAUAUUGGGUCGGCUGCGGUGCAGGUGACUGCAAGUCAAGUCAGGACAACGACAACAGCUUUUAGCUGCUCUGCAUCUCCACGCGAACAGUCCGUGUUUUUAUCGGAAAAUGUGAGUUCCAGUGGUUGUGGCUCCACCAAAGGUUGUUACCAGUCCCCCACUGCGUGUGCCCCACCAGCAUGUGACUACUUCUCCUCAUGGCAGACCAGUGGCAACAACGUUCUGUUUGAAGUCAGCGGGCGGUCACCAGGAUACGUGGCUGUGGGCAUCUCAGAGGACGAAACAAUGGGGUCAGAUGACAUCUAUGAGUGUGUGUAUAACUCGGACUCAGGCCGUACCACUGUCUUCUCCUCCUGGAGCACUGGAAGGUCAAGGCCAGAGAGGGACACCACCCAGGGAGGAAUCUCAGCGAUUGAUGGGUCGUAUGUGGAUGGCGUCGUGUCGUGUAAGUUCACCAGAUCCAUCAACGACGCGGCGGCCGGCAGGAAGAAGAGACAAGCAAAGGUCAACAACGGGAAGUUUUACAACCUGAACAACGAUUUCUUCCUGCUGAUGUCAAAGGGGUCUACGGCUGGAGAUGCUCUGACUUACCACACUGCCAACCGUGUACUUUCAUCCAGCAAGGUUGACUUCCAAAGUACCACCCAAGUGACUGGUGCAGGGAGCCCUGACAUUGUCAAAGCACAUGGUUCCCUGAUGAUGAUUGCCUGGAUCUGUACCGCCAGUGUCGGUGUCCUCAUGGCACGUUUCUUCAAACACAUCUGGCCUGACAGUCAGCUCUGCAAGGAGAAAGUCUGGUUUGCUAUCCACCGUGCGAUGAUGAUCAGCACUGUUCUUCUCACCAUCAUAGCCUUCAUCCUCAUCAUGACUUACAACAACUGGCUCUGGGCUUUUCAUGCUGGUGCUCAUGCCAUUGUGGGAAUCAUUGUGGUGAUCCUGGCCCUGAUCAACCCUCUCAUGGCCCUGGCACGACCACACCCUGACCAACCCAAGCGCUUCAUCUUCAACUGGGCCCACUGGGCUGUUGGUACAGCUGCCCGAAUCCUGGGUGUGGUGGCCAUAUUCCUGGGGAUGGACCUGGCCGCGCUGGACCUGCCUCCUGCUGCCACCUUCAUCAUGGUGGGCUGGGUCAUCUGGCACGCCCUGACCGAGGUCAUCCUGGAGGUCCACAACUGUUCCACCAGCUCCAAAUCUGGCCGUGCUGAGGAGAUGGAGAUGGAUAAUGCAGCUGCAGCAGACACAAAGUCCAAGCCUUUACGAGGAGGAAGCUACACUGGGGGCCAUGGUCUGAGGAAGGGUAUCCUGGGCCUGUAUGUGGUGGGGAUGCUGGGAUUCCUUAUCGCCCUACUGGUUUAUGUGGGACUGAACUGAUCCUUCAAUCUGCAGGGGUCUGUAGAGUUCUCUCCAGGGCUCCAUGAAAUUUCUCCGGGACCCUACUGGGAGUACUAUGUUGUGUCUGUAUGGAGCUAGGUUCUGCGUAUCAUCCAUUUUUUGAAAUAAAGACUAAGCUUUA